UGCUUCUGGUUCCGUAUACGUUGCCAAAUCUCUCACAUCCAACGCUAAGGUCGCCAUAAAACAAAUGGAUCUUUCACAUCAGCCACGAAAAGAACUAAUUGUUAAUGAAAUUCUUGUGAUGAAAGAAUCCCAACAUCCAAAUAUUGUCAAUUAUCUCGAUUCAUUUUUAGUAAAAAGCAAUGAACUCUGGGUUGUUAUGGAAUAUAUGGAAGGUGGUGCGUUAACCGAUGUUAUUGAUAAUAAUACCCUAGAGGAAGAUCAAAUUGCUGCCAUAUGCUUUGAGACUUGUAAAGGUCUUCAGCAUCUUCAUGGUCAAAAUAUUAUUCACCGUGAUAUUAAAAGUGAUAACGUUCUAUUGGAUGCAUUUGGCCAUGUUAAAAUAACCGAUUUUGGAUUCUGCGCCAAGUUAACGGACCAAAAGAACAAACGAGCGACAAUGGUUG